AUGUCUGCAGUACAGCAGCAAGCCGACCAGGGCACCAACUGGAUGUCGGUCGCCCAGACAGUUGGUAUCUUCAUGUUCGUCAACUUUGCCAUCAAGCAAGUCACUGGAGGCGUCCAACAACAGAAGCAAGCCGAGAAUGCUCCCGCUCCCACCGUCGCCGCCGGUACGGGCCAACAGGUUCCUGCUUCCUCGUACAGCGCCAUCCCCGAGAUGAUCAUGCCUCUGUGGCAGCAAAACGCCUCCAUGGACAUCAACAUGUAUGUCUCGCCUUCGUUCGCCAUGCCCGCCCUCAGCCAGAUGCCCCAGGAAUCCCUGGUUCUCCAAGAGCGCAACUUCCACUACGGAGACUGGUCCGACAAGCGCAAGGUCCAUACCACAAUCGCCAUUCCUCAGUCCGUCCAAGAGAACGGAACUCUCUGGGCACACAUCUACAUUUCCCAGUCAGGAAGCGUUAUGGAUCCUACUCUUCCUGGCUACGACUCCUUCAAGGCAUACCGCGUUACCAGACCCUUGACAAACUACCUGGCUAAGAAGAAGGCCCACAAGACUCGCAACCUGCUCGACUCUUCUGACGCCGAAGAUGAAACCGAGGAUGAUGCCUCAGGUCCUGUCAUCUCCAACUACUACCACCCCAAUUUCACUCUUUCCAUCAUCCCCAACAUUGGAACUCCCGUCUACCCUCAGAUGCACCCAGCAAUGCGCCAGUUCGUCUCUCUGGAAGCAACCAAUGCCCGCGAUGAUUCUGGGAAAAACGCCUGGUACUACCCCGUUCUCUAUCUCAACACCUUCUGGCAGCUUCGUUCUCAGAUGACUGAGCUCAACUCGACCGUGACCGAGAUGCCUCUCAACCUCGAUCUGCAAACCGAUCCCAAUUGGAAAUUCAGCAUCAUGGCAAGCAUGGACGAGGGUAUGAAGGAGAAUGCCAGGAAGAUUGCUCGUGGAGAGACCACCCCUGGAGGUGGUGACGGCAGCGAGCUCGAGAUGAUCAAAGAGGUUCUUCUCGACACGAACAUGUACCUCCUCGGUAUCACUGGAUUCGUCAGUAUUCUGCACAUGAUCUUCGAAAUGCUGGCUUUCAAGAACGUCCGUACCAUUCUCGCCAACGUCUUCAUGCAGAGCGUAAUCUUGUUAUACCUGAUCGACAAUUCGGACAACACCUCUUGGAUGAUCCUCUUCGGCCAAGGUAUGGGCAUUGCUAUCGAAGCAUGGAAGGUUACCAAGACAGUGGACGUACGUGUUCGUGCUGCUCCUCAAGGCUCCCUGAUCCCCUACCGCGUCGUCUUCGAGGACAAGCACAAGUUAUCAGACACCGAGAAAAAGACUCAGGAGUACGACGAGAUCGCUUUCCGUUACCUUUACAUGGUUGCAGUUCCGCUCCUGCUCGCCUAUGCCGGAUACUCGCUCGUGUACGAGACUCACAAGAGCUGGUACAGCUUCAUCAUUGCCACCUUGGUCGGCUCAGUCUACGCAUAUGGCUUUCUCAUGAUGGUCCCCAGCUUGUACAUCAACUACCGCCUGAAGAGUGUUGCGCACAUGCCCGCAAAGGCAAUGACCUACAAAUUCCUCAACACCUUCAUCGACGACUUGUUCGCAUUCACCAUCAAGAUGCCCACACUGCAUCGUUUGGCAACUCUGCGUGACGACGUCAUCUUCUUCGUCUACCUCUACCAGGCUUGGGCAUACAAGGUUGACCAUACUCGUGUCAACGAGUUCGGUCAGGGAGGUGACGACGAGGAAGUCGAGGAGAAGAAGGCCGCUCAGCCCUUGAAAUCUGCACCUGAAGAAGAUGUGACCCCUGUCAAGACUGAAGCCUCGAGCUCUGGCGCUCAAAGCAAGGCUGGUGCUUCAAGAAAGAGAAAUGAUGAACACGACACUACACAAACUGCGCUACCACCAGAAGUCGACAUAAUAUGGCACAACAUGUACGCCCCCAGCACUUUUAUCACCAGGCGAAAACACUCCCGCCGCUCGGUAGAGGAACUCCUCGUCGACUUUACCACUCUGGUCAAUCAGAAUGUCUUUACCAUUGUCAGUUUGAGUGUUAGCGAGGCUUCUUUUGUUGCUAUUGUGGGUUGUGAGAGGGAUUGGGAUGAGAUUGAGGACGAUAUUUUCAAGGCGACAAGGUAG